AAAUGGGUCUGGUCUGGAGGCAGCUGGGACCAGAUUCAGAUGUUCACCGAGGAACACAGGAUAUCUCUCUGCUUAGGGAACAUGAUUUGUUUGCUAAGAAAAUGAAGAUGCUUUGAUAUUUCUGGCUAAACAUACUUAUAUGUAAUAACAUUUCAUCUCCAGUGACGAACAUACUUGGGGGCUCAGAGUCAUGGGAAGCUUCAAGGGCCACGCGCUCCCUGGAUGCUUCUUCCUGGUAGCUGGGAUCUGGUGGACAGGGAAGCACUCGCUCUGGCACGCCACCCGCAGGAACAAGAACAUAGGCUCCACCCGGCUGGCCAGCAGAGCCUCACAGCGCCGCCUGGAGAUCGCCGAAAGCUCUGUCAUACUCUUCUGCUCUUUUGUUGGGAUGCUGGCGGAGCAGUUUGCAGCAGAUGGGCCGAGACUACAGCUGUACAACGUUGCGGAGAAACACUGGCAGUAUCUGAUGAACUGGCAGCACGCCACCAUGUACCUGUUCUUUGGCGUGGCCGCCACCGUCAAUCUGGUUGUACACACCACAGAGGUUGCUCCGCUGGCAAUGGAUAGGUUAAUGCUGGCUAUUGCUUUCUUUAAUGAAGGAUUUCUUUUCUUCUACCACCUCCAUGGCAGGAGUAUGCUGGACGUCCAUGUGCACCAGCUACUUCUCUUCGCCGUCUUUGGCGAGGCAAUUGUUGCCUUCCUGGAGGUCUUCCAGCGAGGUAACAUCAUCCUGGAGCUGCUGCGCUGCACCCUCACUCUCCUGCAGGGGAGCUGGUUCUGGCAGAUUGGUUAUGUGCUGUACCCUCCCCACGGUCCUGAGUGGGACCUUAAUGAUCACAGCAACAUGAUGUUCGUCACCAUGUGUUACUCCUGGCACCUCGCCUUCGCCAUGCUCGUCGUGAGCACGCUCUAUUGCACCGUCAGCUGUGUGGUUCGCUCCAGAUUGAGGAGGACUCCUCCAGUGGAAAUGGGACUUCUGAAGCUGAGAGACAGAGAUCCAGAGUCAGAAGAUGAGAUUGUGUGAAGAGGACUGUUGUACACCUUCAUUGUGACUCAUGUAGAUCACACUUAAAUCAGGGAUAUGAUGUCUGCAGUACGACUAGAAGCAAAGUGUGCAGACAGAAGAGGACAAAGGACAACGUUUCUGGAUGCUUUACUUUAGAAAUAUUUCUCUACCUCUGCCUUAUUUCAUCAGCUGUAAAGCCCUUUAGCCUUACUCUCAUUAUUCAAUGCUAGUUAUUUUACUGUGUUCUAAUACUUUUCAUAUACUCGGUCAUAUCGUUUUUGCCAAUUAUUAUUUUGCACAUACAAUAUAAGUGAAGAUGAACUCAUGAGGGUAAGCUUUUUAUGGAUUGCAUGGUUUUGCUUUGACUUGCCAAACAGACAUAUUAUUUUUGGUGUAACGCCAUCUUGUGGCCAUUUUGUUUCAUAUUGUUAAAGCUCAAACCCAAAUGCCCAAAAAACAAGAAUUUUAUUAAAAUUGUUUAAAUGUUUA